AUGGUCUAUGCACCUCAACGGCGACAUGCCGUAGCCUCUCUGGCAACGACCGCCCAAGCAUUGACCGUAAUGCAGCAUUUCUAUACACCCAAUCUCCUCAUCCUCGUCUCAAGAGUACUAGCACAAGUACAGAUAAAUGCUUGUGCCUUCAUACAUCCCACCAAAAGCUUGUUAGGUCUAUCAUCGAUGUUGGUGGCGAUGAAUAUCGCGGCGGGGUUUCUGCAUCUGUUGGAUUUUGCGGGGGGUAUGAAUGGUGGGAAGGGCCUAAUAUUAGAUUUUGUUGGACAAGCAAACCCUGCAUCCUUAACUCGAAUAUUGCUCCUCGACCUACUCUUAUUCCUCAUACAGCUAAUAGGACUAUGUGUAUCAUACGUCAAUCAUUCUACCAAUCUACCUAAAUUGCCUUCUUUACCCUACGACGAUCUACUAUUACCGCCUACAGAGCAUCAGGACAUCACGAAACCGACGACCACCUUAUUUGAUGAAGACGAAGACGAGAUUGAUCUAGAGGGAGGCACGAGACAGCGUAAGUCUAGGAAAGGAAGAGGUAAGAACAAGUAUGAAGCUAUCGAAAGUGAGGAAUUGUGGUUGGAUGAUGAUGAGGAAUUAUCAACACCAUCAAAUAACGGGAUACGCAUAACGGAACCACCACUGAUCUUCAAUCUCCCCCUAAAACACACAAUAUCAUUGAUAUUCAAAUUACCAUCUCCCUCACCCCGCCACGAGCUUUCUCGGGCGCAUACGAGCGACGACGGAAGGGAAGUGGAAGGGGAGUUGGGUAGAAUACCGGGUGAAUAUAGACGUCAAGGGGGAUAA